GUAAACGGUAUCUGCUUCCCCACAGCACCGAACAAACAUGUGCAACAGGUUCUCGUGCCCAUCUGUCGCCAACGGUAACCGGAUGGUACCCAAACAAAUCGGUUCGAAUUUUUCGCCUGGAAUAGUGGUUUUUCGGAGGAUAGAUCUCUACCGUGAAAACAAACUAAUUCGUCAAGCCGUUCCGUGGGUGCAGUCCCUCGCGGAGCUUUCCCAAGGGUUUGGUUUGUUCGCUAACCUAUCGGAUAGAGGUUGAGAGUGGAAAAUUGCCAGCCCGUGUGAUACUAAUUAGCUUAUGAAAUCGGAACAGUGCUGAAGCAGUACACAGUGCCAGUGACGCUAUAGGCGGUCAGAAGUAUGUUUCUAAGCAAAACCAAGGCCACAGAAAAAUGGCUCGAUGCGCAGUGCGACGGAACUGCUGCACUGCAUACCUUACCAUCAUGUAUGUCACUUUGCGACUUAAAAAACGACAAUUACUACCAGCUGGUAAUCGUGGAUGUCCCUUUGUUCGAUUUCGAUGCAAAACCUAAACUGAAAGUAUACAAAGGGACCAAUCUCACCAGCGAGCAGAAUCUACCAGAGAUCCCUUCCGCAGUGGAAUGUUUCUAUUUGGACGAACCGGAACCCCGAAUUCCUAUCAUUGCCGUUUCGAUUUCAUCCUACGUUUUAUUCUACCGUAACAUGAAACCCUAUUACAAAUAUACCAUCCCUAGUAUGGACAUUGAUCCGCUUGAAGCUGAAACCUGGAAGAAACUUCAAAUCGCUCGCCCAGAAAAUGUGGACGCACUCAUUGACAAUCUGCGCGACCUUCAACUGUCUCAUCUUACGGAACAGUCGCAAGAGCUUCUUACCCUCUCCGAAGACAAACGGGUGACGUUCAUCCACCAUUCGUCGAACAGCGACCUGAAACGCCUCUCAACCAUCACUGCAAUGGUUUCGAUUCGCAAAACAGCCAACGAUUCGAAAUCAGCAUCGUGUUUGAUCCUGGCUACCGAAUCCAGCGAGAUCUUUAUUCUGGACACGCAAGCCUUUGUUGUGUUGCAUCAGGCACGGGCCUGCAACUUUCAAGGAACGCCCAGCAUGAUCUCGGCCAGCGGUCAGUACGAUGUUGAUUUCCGCCUGGUAGUCGCCACACGCGAGGGCUAUCUGUGUCUGUUGCGAAAGGGCUGGCUCGUGGGGCAGCAUAUCGUGAAGCUGGAACACCCCUCCGCCGGUUUGGCACUGCUGCCGAUCGACCAAACGAUCGUGGUCGUUUGCAUGAACAACUACCUGUUGUGCUACUCGAAAAAGGGCAAGAAACUCUGGUCGGUAACGCUGCCACAGCCGGCGGUUUGCAUGACUCCGGUUCCGUUGCCCCAUCUCGGAAUAAGCUUGGUCUGCGUGGCCCUUCGCGGUGGAUUGGUCCAGUUCUACUGUCAGAAGAAGCUGGUAGAUCAGUUUUACGCUCCGGAGACCGUGUCGGCGCUGACUUUCGGUCGGCUUGGUCAGGAGGAGCACGUACUGAUCCUGGUCACUUCCGAUGGGUCACUGAUCGUGAAAAUCCUGAAGCGAACGGCUGAAUAUUCGACCACGGACAAUAUCUAUGAUAUCAAAACCAGCAGUGAGGAGGCAUCGGGAAGUCUUCAGAUUCCGAAGAAGACAAAGAUUUUCGUAGAACAGACGAUGAGGGAAAAGGAACACGCGGCAGCGAUUCAUAACUCGUUCCAGUCGGAAUUGUGGAGAAUGCGGUUGACCGCUGCCCGAGCUACGGUGGACGUUAUCAAUUCGGCUGACAGUAACGUGAGUGGGGAUGUUGGACUGGCACCGAUCAAGAUGGCAGCGGAGGUUUUGGGACUGGGUCCGGUAUUUAAACUUUUCCUAAUUCUGGAGAACAUUUCAGCUCGGAAGGAGGCUGGUGGGUUGAAUGUAUUGAUUCAGGCGGACCAUCGUCAUUAUCUGAUAGAUCGACCGUAUUUGAAGUUGCCAAUGUUGGUACCGGGAGCGCCGCUGAAGUUGGAUUUCAAAGUGACCGUCGUGAUCGAUCCGAGUGACGGAUUAGCACCUGUAGACCUAACGCCGGAGAAUUCGUUUAUUAAAGUGCUGAUUUUCAAAACGGGACAUACUAAACCACUGAUUGCGUCCACGGUGGUCAUGCCGCAGCCAGAACCGCAGAUACUGGGCUCGUUUUGAACCGGUUUUCUAUCAUAAACGUGCACUGAUCCAUCCAAAAAAUACCAAUACUGCACAUGUUGUACUUUUGAUA